AUGGAACCAAGACUAAAGGUCGCCAUAUUGAUUGUGUCGGACACGGCCUCUCAGGACCCCGCUUCUGAUAAAACAGCGGGGGCUCUGACGCCCAUCCUCACCCAGGAAGGGAAGUGGGAACCCCCCGCAAUCAGGAUCGUGCCGGACAAUGUGUUCCAGAUCCAACAAGCUGUAUGCGACUGGGCAGACGGAGAAGAUUGGUAUAACCUCAUCUUGCUGAGUGGUGGAACUGGGUUUGCAGUCAAAGAUAACACGCCUGAGGCCGUAACUCCCUUGAUCCAUCGUCAUGCCCCGGGCCUCGUCCAUGGUAUGAUCGCCGCUUCAUUGAAAGUAACACCAUUUGCGAUGAUGGCUAGACCAGUCGCUGGUGUUCGAGAUAAAUCAUUGAUUAUCACUUUACCCGGAUCCCCCAAAGGAGCCAUGGAGAACCUCGAGGCUGUUGUAAAACUUUUGCCUCAUGCCUGCAUUCAAAGUGCUGGUGCCAAUUCCCGCUCUUUGCAUGCUGGCGGCCUGAGGAAGUUAGAGAAUGAAGCUGGUGUUUCUUCUGGUAAUAACCACCAUCACCAUCACCACCAUCAUCAUCAUCAUCACGGCCACGGCCAUGCUAUGCCAAAAGCACACACUACCCAGUCAGAAAAACCCCAAUCCAAUGACCCCUCUGCGGGCCCUAACCGGCGAUACCGCUCCUCGCCCUACCCAAUGCUGUCCGUGGAAGAGGCCCUUCGCACAAUUAGCGAACAAACUCCUGCCGCAACAGUCAUUGAAGCACCUGUGAACACAUCCAUUUUUGGAUCCGUGCUUGCGGAAGAUGUCUACGCCGCCGAGAUGGUGCCCGCCUACCGCGCCAGUAUCGUUGAUGGCUAUGCUAUCAUUGCACCCAAUCCCGACGACGCCAACGCAACAACCAACGGCAUCUUCCCCGUAGCAUCAAUCACACAUGCCAAUAUCGGUGGCGCAUUAGAGCCACUCCAACCCGGCACAGUUGCUAGAAUUACCACCGGUGCCCCCCUCCCACCGAACGCCAACGCCGUAGUCAUGGUUGAAGACACUGUUCUAGCCUCCUCAACCCCAGACGGCACCGAAGAAGCCACUAUCGAGAUUUUAGCUGAGGACAUCGAACCUGGUGAGAACGUCCGCGAACCCGGUAGCGACGUUAUCCUCGGAUCCAAGAUCCUAGCCCGUGGAGACCUCAUCUCCCCCGCCGGUGGUGAAAUCGGUCUGCUAGCAGCCACAGGCACCAGAACCGUGAAGGUAUUCAAAAAGCCCCGUGUCGGCGUCCUAAGCACAGGCGACGAGCUAGUGGAGCACGACGAUCCCCGCAAACUAAUCGGCGGCCAAAUUCGCGACUCAAAUCGCCCCUCUCUUCUCUCCUGCCUAACAUCCUGGGGCUUUGAAACCGUCGACCUAGGCAUCGCCCGCGACACACCCUCGAGCGAGUUAGAACAAGCCCUUCGCGACUCUCUCCGCGGCGUAGGCCGCGCCUCAUCAAGCGUCGACGUAAUCAUCACCACAGGCGGCGUCUCAAUGGGCGAGCUGGAUCUCCUCAAACCAACUAUUGAACGUACUCUAGGCGGCACAAUCCAUUUCGGUCGUGUUUCCAUGAAACCCGGUAAACCUACUACCUUCGCUACAGUACCUUUCAAAGAAUCCAUCCCCGAUACCCCAUCCGCACAACAGGAACGCAAAUCAAAACUCAUCUUCUCUCUGCCCGGUAACCCGGCUUCAGCCUUGGUUACACUUAACCUCUUCGUCUUGCCUUCUCUGCACAAGCUCUCCGGUCUCGGCGAGAGUUCCCAAGGAAUCGCUGCUAAGCCCUGGAUGGCACCGCAGCUUGGUCUGCCCCGCGUGGCUGUUGUGUUGACACAUCACUUCCCGCUUGAUCCUAAGCGUACUGAGUACCAUCGUGCUGUUGUUACGGGCUCGCGCUCUGAUGGCCGCUUGUAUGCUACUAGCACGGGUGCUGAGGGCGUUGGACAGCGUAGUUCCCGAGUGGGAAGCAUUGCGCGUGCGAAUGCACUGGUUGUUCUGCGUCCUGGACGUGGAGUCGGUAUUAAGGGUGAGAUUGUGGAGGCGUUGAUGAUGGGUCCGGUCUAUGGAUCUGAUACCCGACUCAUCUGCUAA